GCGUGGGGGAUUUAACCUAAACCUCCCUCCGAGUUCCCUCUUAGUUCUCGUACGCACGCCGAGUGUUCUCCUCCAGAUCUGCCCUCGCUUUCUUGUUGCCCGCUGCCUCCCCGCUUCCGCCCCCGCCGUGGUACUGGUAGCCGCCAUGUCGCGCCCACCCGCCGCCGCCCAACCCAACCAACCGAUGAACGCUGCGACCCCCACCCCCAGGCCCAACCCCGCCCCGAUCGCGUUUGCUGGCCCCUUCCAGCCCCCCGGCGUUCCGCGGCCGGCGCCGUACCCGGCGCCCUUCUACCAAACGCGGCGGCCGCUGGUAUUUCCGCCCGUCUUGCCACCCGGCGCUUUCCGUGGGCCUCGCGAAUACCAGCCUCCGCCCCCACCACCGGGUGGAUUCCGUCCGCACCCAGCCACCCCCCUUAACCCGUUCGGUCUUCCAGGCUUCCGUCCAAGCAACACAUAUCAUCCUGUUAGUGUGUUAUCACAUCAGUGGCCAGCGGUAAUUGAUGGAACUUUUGGUCCUGGAGCCAUGACUAGACCACCUAUCACACCUGUUCCUCCAGCUAAUGUUUUUGGUCCUGGAGCUGUGACUAGACCACCUAUCGCGCCUGUUCCUUCAGCUAACGUUUUUGGUCCUGGAGCUGUGACUAGACCACCUAUCGCGCCUGUUCCUCCAGCUAACGUUUUUGGUCAUGGAGCUGUGACUAGACCACCUAUUGCACCUGUUCCUCCAGCUAACGUCUUUGGUCAUGGAGCCGUGACUAGACCACCUAUGACACCUGUUCCUCCAGCUACUGAUUUUGGUCCUGGAGCUGUGACUAGACCUCAUAUCGCACCUGUUCCUCCAGUUAAUGAGCCACAAUUUAAAGUAUAUGUUGGCAAGAUUGCAUCAACAGUGGACAAUGAUUUUGUUCUUUCUCUUCUUCAGGUCUGUGGAAUUGUAAAAAGUUGGAAUCCAGUCACAAAUCCAAUUGAUGGAACUCCUACUGGGUUUGGCUUUUGUGAUUUUGAAUCUGCCGAAGGCAGUCUUCGUGCAUGGCGGUUGCUCAACAAACUAAGAAUUGAUGGUCAAGAGCUGUUGGUUAAUGUCAAUGAAGCCACGAGACAGCACCUUCAGAAAUACUGUGAGAAUACUACAGAAGAGAAGGCCAAUGAAACUGAUAUGGCUGCUAUGCAAACGAUACACAGUAUGGUUGAAGAGAGAAUGAGGUGUAAAUUUCCGGGUUCACCAAUUCAGUCUGUUCAGGCAUCUACAAGCAUGAGUGAUGAGAAAGGCGAUGGUCAUACAAGGAGUGGUGCACUGGAGGAAAGGACAAGCAAGAGACAACGUGAAAAAGAGGAACAUUUAGGGGAAAGUAAAGUUGUUUGUUUGCAAGGUUGGAAAGAUAAAGAAGUGAUUUCAGCUGGAAAGCCUUCUCUGCAAAUUGAUGCAAUAUCAUCAAUGUAUGUUCCCAUGGAGCCUGAAUCUACAAUUGAACACGAGAGGAAACGUCAGCGCAGGGAAAUAGAUGGGUUUCAUAAGAGCAAUGGUGAAGGUAAGGGCAUUGUAUCUGUACAAGUGCUAGUCUCAGAUAAGCUGAACAGCAGUGCCCCAGGAGAAAAGGGGAAUUCUGAAUUGCAAGCUACAUCCAAGUUAGGGAACAAGGAAACUUUGGAUGCAGAACAGUUGCUUGCUGCUAUCCCUAAGACGAAGGAAGAACUAUUUGCUUAUGAUGUUAAUUGGGCAAUUUAUGAUAAGCAUGGAUUGCAUGAGAGAAUGAGGCAUUGGGUUUCAGAGAAGUCGAUUGAAGUUUUCGGCGAGGAAAUAGCAGAGUUUGUUGAGUAUGUUAUUGCAUCAACCAAAGAGCAUGUAGAUGCACCUAGAAUGUUGGAGGCCCUUGUAUCUCUUAUGGAUGAUUCUGCAGAAAAGUUUGUUAUCUCGUUUUGGACGGAACUUAUAUUUGAAAUUAAGAAAGCUGAAACUGGAUUAGCAUGAAGACUGAGGGAAUGUCACUAUGUCAGUGCCGCCUUGUUGCUCAAGGUCGGCGGGUAAUCACAAAGAAAUUGCCUCAGUUCCUUCUCAUUGCUCAAGGUCGGUGAGUAAUCUCAAAAGAGAUUGGCGGACGACAACCCUUCCUGGCUACCUAUGAGCUGCAGUUGUUGAUAUCUUGGAAUGAAGCAGUCAUUCUGGCACUGUGUUCUGGCUAUCCUGAAUCUUUCGCUGAUGAAUGUAGAUAGACUUCGCAUGUUGACAUUAACAGCGAGCUGUUGGCGAGAUCAGUUUGUGUUGUAAGUGGAGAAGUGAAAUGAGACUCUUUCAGCGUGUUCCCUAUGCGGGGAGUCUCUUCGUACAUAUAAGAGUAUUAAAUUGAUAAAGCAUAUUUAUUUGGACUUGCUAGUUU